GGAUAAGACUGCGGUUGCCGGGUGGGCAGAGCAGAGCACAGGCGCGAUGGCUGCAGCGUGGUUCGCCCACCCACAGUUAAGUGCCAGGUGACAAGCGGACCCUAUAUAUGCUGCCGAGCGCCUCGUCUGCCUGUGCACAAGCCUCUCGCUUUCUCUCCAAGAGUAAAGUUUGUUCAUAGUUUGGAGCCUGCUCUCUCUGGCAGAGAGCGAAUCAUGGACGAUGCAUCCAACCCCGACAGCCUGGCCCUGGGGCCCAACCUGUCUAGUGCCCAGUAUCCCAGGUGGAACGCGAACCUCUCCUUCCCAUCCCUCUGGGCUAGUCCCGGGCAGCCUGCGCGGACAAUAUCGGUGGCCGUGAUCAUGCUACUGGGCUUGGUGGGCAACGCGCUGCUCCUCCACCGGCUUCGCUGCGGAGGCUGCUGCUGCGCGGGUCGCUUCGCCCGGCGGCGAAAGAUGGACUUCCUUCUCGCCCACUUGGCUGUAGCGGACCUCUACGGCUGCGGGCUGGCUCUCCUCUCCCAGCUUCCUCCAGCAGCAGACGCCGGCGAGGCUGAGUGGCUGGCGGGAGACGCCACCUGUCGUUUGUUCCGGCUCCUGCAAGGCUCUGGGCUGCUGGCUCCGUCGCACAUGCUGGUGCUGCUGGCGCUGGAGCGGCACCACCUGGUGAGGGGCCCUCUACACCUGCAACAGCCGCCGCCUGCCUUCGUGCCCGCCCGGGGAGCCCUGGCCGCGCUGGGCUGGCUGCUGACGCUGCUGCUCGCCCUGCCUCAAGCCUUCGUGUACAGGCUGGCCCCGCCGCAGGACGGAAGCCGUUGCCUCAGCAUUUUCGCUCAGCAGCCCCCUUGGCAUGGCCAAGCCUACGCCGUCUAUGGGGUCCUGACGAGCUUCGUGGCGCCCGCCUGCCUCCUGGGCGGGACCUGCGGCCGCAUGCUCAGCAUCCUGAGCGCCUCCAGCGCCAAAGAGGAGGAGCCAUCUCGGGGCGCGGGAGGCAGCUCCCGUCACCACCGCGUGGAGUUACCGGGCGUCGCAGCUCCGCCACCACUCCUCCUGCGGCUCCUGCCGCCGGCCAAGUGCGCCUUGCCCUCGCCGAGCGCGCCCCGCAGCCUGCCCCGCGCGCGGGCCCGGGCGCUGCAGCUGACUUUGGCGCUGACGACGCUCUUCGCACUGUGCGGUUUCCCGCGCUUUGUUCUGGAGCUCGGCUUAGCUUUCGCCUUCCCCGCCAGCACCGCCGAGGAAGCUCGGACCACUUUGGGCAGUAUCAUGGCAGCCACCAACUGCGCCCUCAACCCCUACGUGUGCCUGAUAUUCCACAGCCACCGGCCGUGGGCCCGGCGCCUCCAGAGCAGCCUCUGCUGUUGCCCCGACGGACAGCCUCGACGCCGGGCUCCCCACCGACACCGCCCUCCGCCGCCGCCACAGGUGGCCGCCCAGCGCACUGGACUCUGGCUUUGUCCCUGCCAGACGAAGCCUUCCACCACCUCCGUGGCUGUCCAGGAGGCUGAGGCCCGGGCUGCUGCGGCUUGCGAGAGCGGAUUGUAA